AUGGACAACCAAAGAAGCCUUCAACUCAACUGGACUACUGCCAAUUACUUCCCUCAAGAAAAGAGCAUGGAGGAGCUGAGGCAGUCCCUAAUCUUGACAAUGGAGCUUGAGGACACGAGGCUCAAGGCCCAACAGGAGCUCAAGCUUCGAGACGAGCAGAUAGCCCAACUUAAGGAGCUCCUUAGCCGUGCCCUAAAGGAGCGUGACCAGGCCCAAGAGAAGUGCCACAAAGCCAUCCUCGAAAAACUCAUGCUCCAGCAGCAGAUCCACCAUUCCGCCCCAAACUCCGGCGUCUCCAGCGUCGAGGACGACCCCAGGCACGCAUUCUCCUCCUCCGACUGCGACGAGAGCAUCGUCUCCUCCCCCCGCGGCCCAGCGGCGGCGUCCGCGGCGGCGGAUCUGCCGGUUGCGCCGGAGGGGCCGCUUCCCGAGAAGGGGCGGCUGCUGCAGGCGGUGAUGAAGGCGGGCCCGCUCCUGCAGACGCUCCUCCUGGCGGGGCCGCUGCCGCAGUGGCGCCACCCGCCGCCGCCGCUCGAGGCGUACCAGAUCCCGCCGCCGCCGGUGGUGGUGCCGGCGGCGGGGAGCCAGGACCCGAUGAUAAGUUUCAACAACUGCGGUCGGAUGUUGAGUGGUGGGAGCAAUAAUUACAAUAGAAAGAGAGGGUUUAGUGAGGGGUCGGAGACGUCGUCCAUGGCCGCCAUGGGAUUGAAGUACCAAAGAGUUGUUCUCCAUUAG